AUGAAAGCAUCUUUCGGCUGGCUAAUCUUGGGUCUCUGGUGCCAGCAUGCGUUCGGUUCACCGAGACCAGACUUCGGCCUGCAUGGGUCCGUAGCCGGCAGCGCUAGCGUGGUGACGGUUGCCGGUGAAGCGGCCACCUUGUUCGAUUUGAUCGACCGCAAAACAAUAACACUGAACUCACAAUACAACACACUGUACACACUAAAAGAUGCGCUGACCGAGAUCGGCUCCGAAAUUGCGAUCGCCGGCCAGACGUUGACGAGCCAGCUGGAGACGCUCGCCAACAGCACUGGGCCGUUACUGGAUGCGUUCAACAAUGUCACUUCCGCGCUAGGGAAUCUCUCCACAGUGCUCACCGGGAACCUGACGUCACAGCAAUCCGCCAUCGAGCAAGCGGUCGGUCCCGCCAUCGGCCUUAUGCUCAGCGAUGCACUCAAUCGGCUGACUGCCACACUGCAUCGCCUAGAAGAGUCACUGAACAAGGCCAAGCUCGGGGCAAUCGAUGCUCAGCACGCUUACGGCUCGGCACCGAUCCCGGCCACCGAUAUCCGACGCUACAUCACACCGAAGAUAAUCGACACCCUGCAGCGUGCCGAGCAGGACAUGAAGUCGGACCUGCCGCUCGUGACCUACAUCAUAGAGCUCACCCUCGGCCACCUUGAGGCUGCCGACAUCUACCUGUCCGGGUUCAUGUCCGGUGCGGACGACGCUGUGCAGGAUGCGGUCAGCUACUUCUCACCGUUCUAUGUUGAAGCAUCCGAGGACGCAGUGGCUACGGGGGAGAUGGUAUUCACGGACAUUCAGACCGCCUACAAGAAUCAAACCACCCAACUCAACUUCAUCAUGGCCGACCUGGCCGCGAUGGACUCUUACGCGACCGCCAUGCAGCUGGUGUUCGCCAAGUACGCCAACGCGAUAGACGACGCCCGGCUGCAGCUUCUGUACGACUCGAUCGGCACCAUGUUUACCACCUACUUCGGGCUGGCGGCGCAGCUCGAUGACUUUCUCGACCAGUUCCUCGACGUGAUGCUGUGCGAGCCGGUGCGUGCGGUUCUAGACGUUCUGAUCGCUUCCGGCCCGUGGGCCGACUACUGUUUCAGCAAGUACUCGCCGCGCCUCAGCGCACUGGCCAUCGUGCUCUCGUACGACUUCCAGGAGUGCUACCAGAUCGAGGCGACACGCUUGCAGCGACUGUUCACGCUGACCGAACGAAUGGUCACACAAAUGCUCUUCGACGUCGCGGACCUGGCCGACAACGUGCUCGAUUGCUUCUACCAGAUCGCCGGAGCCUCGGACUGCUACGCACAGAUUGGACCAUACUAUAUCGAGCUCGCUGAUACACUGGCACUGAAGAAGGGCGAUCUGGAGCAGCUGAUUGAUUUCGAAACCAACGCCAACGCCGCCCGAAUGGGCUCGUGCGUGUCCACGGCCAAAUACAACAUGGUGCUGUCUGCCGAAGCGAUCGUUUCCGCUAUAGGCCAGUGUGAAACAUCUGGCCCUUCGCAUUAG